UUCUAUGCCAUGGAAAUCAUCAAGGGUGUUGAGGGCCUGCAUGCAGCGGGUGUGAUCUACCACAACCUGAAGCCAAAGAACAUCCUCAUCGGCACAGACAGGCACAUUGUGCUCACAGACUUUGGGCUCUUGAAGGAGUUCCUGUGCCGCACGUUGCCAAUCACUACGCUGCUGAUGCCGACAGCAGAGUACCUGGCACCAGAGGUGAUGCAGGGGCAGGCAUACAGCUACGAGGUGGACUGGUGGAGCUUUUGGAUGAUGCUGUACAAGAUGCUG